CAGUGCGUCCACCGUCCGCCCGAACGGCUGGACCAACUACACUGAUGUCUGAUCGACAGACCGGUCAGCAGCGGCACGGAAUACGGACCUAUAGUGAGUAGUGGGUACCGAAUGUCUGAAUUGUUGGAAGUGUCAAGACGUGAUGCGGCCCGUCGGCUCUUUGCCCAUCAAUAACUGUACCAUACGGAAAUACUGUUGUUCGUACUCCGUAGAGGCGUAGUCUGUACUCUGACACUCUAGUCCGUGCGCAGUAGUGCAGUGCUAUUGUCGUGCGCGCGUGCGCCUGUUGGCCGUCGAACCUCGGACGAUCACCGCCGCGACUUCUGAACUUCUCUCCGCUGCCGCACACACACUGGCCACUGCUUGUCAGACUGGUACAAAGUACGCGUUUUAUUUUCCUACCUUAAGUGCCCGCUACCCGGCACGCGUUUGUUGCGCUGUCCGCCAUCUUCGUUGCUUUAUUUUCUUGCCGUCGGUACAGCCACUGUUGCCGCAUCGUGUUCCAAUAUAAAAUCCGUCGUCGGCGCUUCGUCCAACUGAGCAGAUCCCGUGCGAGGCAGUUCGCACUCUUUUUCCGCUAAUUAAUUUCAACAAGUUGAUUGACAAUGCCGAGAACGCUGAGAAAUAGCCGUAAAAGGACUAAUCAUCGUAAUGAAAGUACAGCGAGGGUUACUUCUAAUUUAUCACCAAAUGCUCCAGAAUUUAUUCCUAUAGCAAAUGACGGGACUACGGCUAAUCAAAGACCAAAUUUAGUAAUUCAGUCGAUGACAUUUUGUGGAAGUUCAAGCGCAUCAAAUAGUAGCGGGAGUAAUAGUAACUCUAACUAUGAAGUUACUACUACAAUUUCUUCUAUACCAGAUGUAUUAAAUAAUAAGGGCCAGCGAGAUUUGCUUAUUAAUCUUUUGAACGAAAGCAAAGUAGAUUGUGUGAUAUGUUAUGAAAGGGCUAAAAAUAUUGAGCAGAUUUGGAAUUGUCGUAAUUGUUAUCAAAUUAUGCAUUUAAAAUGCAUAAUAGUUUGGUUCAUAAAAUCUCACUGUAAUGCUGUCUGGAGAUGUCCAGCAUGUCAAAGUGAGAUGACUGGAAAGCCGAAAUAUAUAUGUUUUUGUGGUACUUUACCGAAUCCAUAUCAUAACAGUGUGGACACUCCUCAUUCUUGUGGUCAAGUUUGUGGAUUGCAAAGAAAAAAUUCUAAUUUAAACUAUAAUGAUUGUCAUCAUAAGUGUACACUGCUUUGUCAUCCUGGUCCUUGUCCACAAUGUGUUGUACAAGUUUUAAGAUCAUGUGGAUGUGGAAAAAAGCGAGUGUAUGCCCAAUGUGGACAGUCAACCCAGAUUGUAUGCAACAAUGUUUGUCUUAAAAAAUUAAACUGUCAAAUCCAUGAAUGUGAAAAAACAUGUCAUGCUAAUAACUGCGAACCAUGUAAUAAAGGAUGUCCUCAAAAUCUAAAUCCGCCAGAAGCAACGUUAGUUGCAUCAAAUGCAUCAUUUGCUGAUGCAAUUUUGCAAUAUAAUCUAUUACCACCUGAUUCGUUAGUAACAGAGGACGAAUUAAGAAUGCUAGGAUUGAAUCCAGAGGAAUUAUUUGAGCAGAGCAAUGUUCAUGAUUCAUAUUAUUCCACUUCCAGUAAUUAUGAUGAUGAUAGUUAUAUGCAUCCUAGUAAUGCCUUAUUUGAUAAUACAGAUGAAAGUGAAGUUGAUGAUGAUGAUGAUUACGAUGUCGAAGUCGAUAAUAUAGAUGAUAUUAUGCAAGAUAUUGAUUUUGGCUACCGUAGUAAUUCAAAUUUUCCUGUGGUCUUAGCAAACCCACUCUCUGGUUACUCUGGUUCUCACGAGUUUGAAAUUGAGUAUCCAGUGACUGAUGAUGAUGAAGAUGAUGUUGAUGAUGAAGAUGAAGAUGACGAUGACGAUGAAGAUGAAGAUAAUAAUACUGGAGGAGAAGAAGAAGAUAAUGAUGAAGAUAAUGAAGUGUGUUUCUGUGGAAAAUCGAAACGACAAGUACCAUGCACUCCAGAGAAUGCCAUGGUGGUAUAUUACAGCUGUGGAAAUUUGUGUGAAAAACAAUUAUCUUGCAAAAAUCACUUAUGCCAGAAACUGUGUCAUGUUGGUCAAUGUGACCCGUGUAUAGCUUUAUCUGUUAAUAGAUGUCCUUGUGGAAAACGGCCAUUAACAGAAGAUGAACUUAGUAACCGUACAUUAUGUAUACAACCGAUACCCACAUGUGACCAACUAUGUGGAAAACCUCUAGAAUGUGGUCCACCAGAAAGUCCGCAUAUAUGUGGACAAAACUGUCAUGAAGGCCCAUGUGUUCGCUGUGAACUUAAAACCAAAUAUGUAUGUAAAUGCGGUAGUAGAUCCAAGGAAAUAAAAUGUAAUUCUGUAACCAGUGAAUUGACUUGCAAAAAGAAAUGUAACAAGAUGAUGUCUUGUGGAAAACAUCGAUGUAUGGUAGUAUGUUGUAAUGCACAAGAGCAUGUAUGUACCAGAACUUGUAAUGGACUAUUAAAUUGCCGUCAACAUCGUUGUGAUCGUGUUUGCCAUUCUGGAAGCUGUUCAAUGUGCUAUGAAGCAAGUUUUGAAGAGUUGUAUUGUCGAUGUGGCAAUAGUUUUAUUUCUCCUCCUGUCAGGUGUGGUACUCGUCCACCAUUAUGUACAUUACCUUGUUCACGAGAACACGAAUGUGGUCAUCCGGCUACUCAUAUUUGUCAUGAUGAGGAUGAAUGUCCUCCUUGUAUAGCUCUGACUGAAAAAUUGUGUUUUGGUGGUCAUGAGCUGCGUUUUGCUAUACCAUGUCAUAUAAAAAAUGUAUCAUGCGGAAUGCCUUGUGGCAUUCCACUUGCUUGCAAAAGACACACUUGUACCAAACCAUGUCACGCACCACCAUGUAAUACUGGUCCAUGCCGUUUACCAUGUAAUUUACCAAAAUCGGAUUGCAGCCAUCCAUGCUCAAAACCUUGUCAUAAUGGUUCAUGCCCGCCAAUAGCAUGCAAAAUAAUGGUGAGUGUUAGCUGUAUUUGUGGGAAUUUGACAGAAGCUAGGAUGUGUUCUGACCCUAAAGUGAUUGAAUAUCGUCUUCAAGUUAAAGCACAGUCAAUGAGCUUCCUAGACAAUAUUGUUGACUCAUCGCCAAUCAUAAAAUCAUAUAAAAUUCUGGAAUGUACAACAGAAUGUGCUAAAUUAGAACGGAAUCGUCGAAUUGCCCUUGCACUUCAAAUCCGUAAUCCAGAUUUAUCUCCUAAUGUCACUCCACGAUAUUCAGAUUUCAUGAAAGAAUUUGCAAAAAAAGAUGCAUCAUUCUGUAGUUAUGUUCAUGAAAAACUUGCUGAAUUGGUCACUAAUGCUAAACAAUCUAAACAAAAUUCUCGAAGUCAUUCAUUUGAAGUAAUGAAGUAUGAAAAGCGUAAAUUGAUUCACGAGUACAGUGAACAUUUUGGAUGCGAAUCAGUAGCUUAUGACGCUGAACCAAAUAGAAAUGUUGUGGCUACAGCUCUUAAAGAAAAAUCGUGGCUUCCUAAUUAUAGUGUGGUAGAAGUUGUUCAACGUGAAAGCGGAUGUCCACGAGUCAACCCAUUUGCAAGUAUUCAAAAACGAAAUACUAUUAUUCUGAACAAAAAAUUCUAAGUUCAUUAAAAUAUUUAUGUUUUAAUUUAGAAUCUAUUAAUUUUAAAAUUACCUUAAUAAUUCAUACUUAUAAUUAUUAAAUAAACACAAUUUCAUAAUAUUAAAUAUAUAACAUUUGUUUUCUUACAGUAUCA